AUGUCCCAGGUUGACGCAGAAGUUCGGAAGCUACCGGUCUCGAAAGUAGCCGCUGUGGAGGAGCUGGCGAGAGUGGCCUUGCAUUCACAGCUCGAAGUCUCCAAGGCCGAGACUGCAGCCGAAGAGCAGAGGACUCUUUGCCUCUUUGCGGCUCUCCAGCGCUUUGCCGAAGAGUCGGAGGCGCUGGUGCCGGUGGAGGCAGCUUUGGCCAAAGGUCGCCAGCUCCCGACGCCAGCGACUGUGGCAGCCCCGGCACGGCGGAUGGGCGAGGAUGACGAGGUGCAGAGCUAUGAGUGGCUUCGAAUGUCUCGCGAAGACGAUUGCCGGCAGGCAGGUUUGGGUCUCUGCUUCGUGGAUAACUUCGAAGCUCGGAGACGGCUGGCUCGGCUUCUGACGGCCAGGGCCAGCCGCAGGACGCCUUUCCAGGACCGUCUUUUCCCACACAGUGUGGUAUGCUACCCUCGGCGUGAAGAGAAUCUGUGGGCGCAAGGCGCACGGAAGGCUGGUUCGUAUCGCAUUCUUUUCGAAGAGUUCCGUGAGAUCGUCGAACUGAUUGAGGAGCUGCAUGUUUCGUCACAGCGCCGAUCCAGGCAUGAACUGAAUGCAAGGCGGACGCAACCACGGCAGUGCGCCCUCCCAGGCACAGAGAGUCGGAAACUGCGGCCCUUCGAGGCCGCGCUUUUCGACAGGUGUCACGGAGGCCGUGGUUUAAAGCAGAGUGAAGUUGCGGUUGUCGAGAGCUCCUGGAUCGUUUGCUUGUAUGUGGCUCUGUAG